AUGAGCGCCUCUGUUGCUGCGACAGAUAGCCAUGACCGUCUCAAAGAUCUCGUGGAAGAUGUAUUCAAUGAAUAUAUCACCAAUGAGAUGCCCAUUGGUCUACUUCACAUCACCAAGAACGAUCAGAAGAUAAUGCUUCAACUUGUGGACAGGGAUUUCGUCAGGGAGCAUUUUAAAGAGAAGAAGGUCCCCGACAACAUUCAUGCUGAUUUUGCUGAAAAUAUGGUCGUGGACGGGGAAGAGAGGGAGGAUCGGAUCCGAGAGCGCGUAAAGAAGGAACUGAAAUAUGCUAUCCUCUCGCAUAGAUGGCUGCCGGGCAAGCAAGAGCCUCUGUAUCACCAGAUGUCGAAGGAACCGAAGGAAGUCCCUGAUGACCAAGAGCCAGGAUGGAAGAAGCUUCAAAGUUUUUGCCGUACGGCGAAGGAUGUCCACGACUGCGAAUUCGCCUGGUCCGACACGUGCUGCAUAGACAAAGCAAGCAGCUCAGAGUUGGAUGAAUCCAUACGCUCCAUGUUUCGCUGGUACAGAAAUUCCCACGUAUGCAUCGCCCUCCUUUCGGAAACAGCAGACCUCGCGGCUCUUCAAUUGCAGGAGAAGGGUCAAAGUGGUGAAAAGGCAGUCGAUGCUUGGUUCGAAAGAGGAUGGACGCUUCAAGAGCUCCUUGCUCCGUCGCAAAUCAAAUUCUACGGAGCAAACUGGAAGCCCCUCAUCCAAGGCUCUACGAACGACAGAGGCAGCAAAGUCAUCAUGAAAAAGAUAGAAUUGCUCACGGACAUCAAUAUGGAUGAUCUUGAAUCAUUCACACCUGGCAUAGACCGGGUGCCAGAAAAGAUGUUGUGGGCAUCCAGGAGGCGAACGACUCGCAUGGAAGACAUCGCGUACUGCCUUAUCGGAAUAUUCGAUAUCAGCCUCAUGAUCGCAUACGGCGAAGGCAACAGAGCCUUCUUCCGUCUCAUGGAGGAGAUAAUAAAGAGAUACGACAAAUGGGACUUGUUUCUAUGG